GUUAGGAUAAAGCAAAAAUUAAAUCAUUUGUGUUAUUCAGCUUAAUUAAUUAGAAAUAUUAAUUAAUCAAAUUAAUGGCUGAACAAGGGCUUGAGAAGCAGGAAGUUGCAGGUUACAAUUCUUGUGUAGGAAGUAGGAAAAGUAAUAUGGUGAUUGCGUUGCUUAGAUCGGUGAGUCUUUUGGCGACAUUGGUUGCUACUAUUGUGAUGUCUCUUAACAAAGAAACUAAAACCUUUGUGGUUGCUACUAUUGGUACUAAUUCUAUCAAAGCCACACUUACCGCUAAGUUUCAAGACAACCCAGCAAACAUAUUCUUUGUUUUGGCAAAUGGAUUGGCUACUUUGCACAACAUGUUGGUGUUGGCCGCAAUGUUGUUUGGAAAGAAGAUUGAUCCAAAAGGAAUUCGGUUUAUGGCUAUCUCGGUUUUAGACAUAACAAACUUAGCAAUACUGUCAGCUGGAACAACUGGUGCUGCAUUCAUGGCACAACUAGCAAAGAAUGGGAAUUCACAUGCACAAUGGAACCAAAUUUGUGAUAAAUUUGAGAGCUUUUGCAGUCAUGGUGGUGGUGCUAUUCUUGCUUCAUACAUAGGCCUUGCACUUUUUCUAAUACUUGUUCUCAUCUCUACUAUCAAACGUCAUCAUUCUAUUCAGAACAAUACUCAUGCUUCUGUUUAAGUAUUACAUUUAUUACAAGCUUUACAUUAUGGUUUUUUUUUUUUAUUUUGAUGUCAUGAUUAUCCAUGUAUCCUUUCUACUUUUAUGACUGAUUUCAAUUUAAUCAAUAUUCAUUGCUUAUGUUGUCAACAA